CUGCGGUCCAUUAGGUGGCAGUAGGUGACCAUAUCUCAGAGCGGCGCCUCAGAGCCUGUAGAAGAAGGAGGAGCGCUGUCAUGGCGGCCAAGGUGGUGAUGGUGGCCGUCCCGACGGUGAUCGGCAUAGCCUCCAUCCGGGUGUAUAGAGUAAGUGAAGUCCCAGCUGAUGGACUGGUUACUCGAGAAAAGCUGAACAUCUACACCCCGCUGCCACAGUCUGCUCAGGUCCAGUUUGUGCCAGAGAGUCCGGGUGUUAUUCAGAGUGGGUUAACGACAGCGAGAGAGGGCAUACUGCCAUUUGUCCAGGCUAUUAAGGGUGCCUGUGUCUCUGUGAAGACAACAAGUGUUAAUCUAUAUCAUGCAGGAGAGGAUGUGUACUAUUACUUGAAAGAUCCACCACCGGGUUUCCUACCCAGAUUUGGCACCAUCACCAUGGCUGGCCUGCUUGGCAUGUUCUUGACACGGAAAGGCUCUCAAUUCAAGAGGUUAGCUGUUCCGCUGGGCCUGAUGAGUGCAGGAGCGUCUGUGUGUUACCCAGCUCAAACGGUGGCUGUGUUUAAGGUGACAGGUAAGAAGGUGUAUGCUGUGGGGCAGUGGAGCAGCGCUGCAGUGUCUUCCCUCCUCACCCCCAAACCUCAGGAGCCUGUCGCCAAAGAAGUUCCUGCUUUACAUCCAGAGACAGCUCCUGUGCCAAAUCCAGAGUCUGCAGUAGCUGAGGAGCCCAGCUCCACCAGAGACAGCUCAAUCCCAGAGAAAGAGGUGGAAUCAGCAGAGUCUGUGCCUUUCUCUGAUGAGCCUGCUGUCGCUGUCAGAACAGAGGAAGUGUCAUCAGUAACACUUACAGAGACAUCCCCUGACCAGACCCCCACGGACACCAACACAGAUCUAGUGCCACAUUCAGUGCCGGCAGAGACAGAGGUCACAACAACCUCUGAGGAAAUAUCUGCACCCGUUGAAAGUAAGGAGCCCUCAGACACCAAACAAGCACCGGUUGAGUCCACGCCAAGCUUAGAACCGGACACAGUAGAGUCUGCUCCACUUGAGGUUGUCCCAGUGGAGGCUGUUCCAGUGGAGGUUGCACCAGUUGAGUCUGCUCCAGUUGAGGUUGCCCCAGUGGAGGCUGCUCCAGUGGAGGCUGCUCCAGUGGAGGUUGCACCAGUGGAGGCUGCUCCAGUUGAGUCUGCUCCAGUGGAGGCUGCUCCAGUGGAGGCCACUCUAGUUGAGGCUGCCUCAGCUGAGGCUGCUCCAGUGGAGGCAGUUCAAGUGGAGGCCACUCUAGUUGAGGCUGCCCCAGUAGAGGCUGCUCCAGCUGAGGCUCCAGAAGUGGAGUCCGUUCCUUCCUCUGAAGCCCCACUUGCUCCAAACGCGUCAGACGAGCCAGCAGAGCCAGUUGUUGAAUCAGCUGAGCCCGAACCUGCUGCUCAACCUGAGUUAACUGACCCACUACAAGCUGCUGCUGAGGAGACACCAACCCCGACACUCACACCAUCACCUCCUCAACAGCCUGCAGCAGAAAACAACAAAGAUAUGGUGCAUUUCUCCUCUUGUCCUCCAGGGGGCUCCGGUUUCAAGCCAGACCCUUCUCUCAUGGACUUUGGUCAGUCCAGCCCUGAGGAUGAAGACCUGUACAGCACACGCAGCUGAGACACCACAGCCAUCCGUGGGAGAAACCUCAUUCCCACGCUGCCAUCUCGUAUCUCAGUCAGAUACACCAACACUUUGUAUCAUUACGCAGUGUAAAUAGGCCAUUUUGCAAGCAAGCAGAGUCUUUCAUCAAUAUUUCCAUUCGCGUUUCUUUGGCCCACGUCAUUUAUAUUUCCACACAAAAGGUCCAGGUGCAUUUGCUUUGUAGCAGCAGAGCAGCAAAUUCCUGUACACAGAGCUGAGUCGGCUUGCAUAGAAGGAGAGAAAUGCGGGAAAAAAAAUAACACCCACAACUGUUUACAAGUCUUUUAAUUCACAGAUGGCAGAUUGUGAAAAUUUUCUCUCUGUAUGUGUCAUUUAACAAUUAUUGGCUUUUUGGGCGACAGCUUUCACAGUCAUGAGUGCAUGGUGCUUUUAUUUAUUGUAAUUUAGCCCACUGUGUUGGUAUGCUGAAAAGACUGCACAUGUGCUGGUGAUGGUUACAAGAUGGACCAGUGCUGCUCCAUUUGAUCACAUCGCAAAUUGUCCUCAGUUGUUUAGAACCAAAAAUAAAUCUAUAUUUUUCAUGG